AUCACUUUUCGAAGUAAUAUUAUUAUCUUUCCUUUACCACGGGUUCCCUGGUAAUUGAUCAAACAUCGUCCCGCACAUUCGUCAACAAUGGCGAACUUGGUUGCCGAUAACAAACGGGCUGCCGCGAACAAUUUGUCCACUAUUUAUGGCAGAGUGCCAACAAUUGGAACGGACAAGAUGAGGGUGACAUUCUGUACGGAUAUGGACAAGUCCGUUAUAGUUUACAACUUUGAAAAAAGAGGCUGGACUCAAGUUGGUCCAGAAGACGAUUGGAAUUUUUACUGGGCUGUCACCCAAUCAUGCCGAACUAUUUUUAGCGUCGAAACUGGCUACAGAAUGAGUGAUAAUCAUAUUUUAUUUUAUAUUUUCAGAACCAUCAACCACUUUCCCAAUCACUACGAAUUAACACGCAAAGAUUUACUAGUUAAAAAUAUAAAAAGAUACCGAAAAGACUUGGAAAGAGAAGGAAGCCUACUUGCUGAAAGAGGAGAUGGCCCAGGAAAAUAUCUUCACCUUGAUUUUAUACCAGUUACAUUUGUACUACCAGCAGAUUAUAAUAUGUUUGUGGAGGAAUAUCGCAAGUCUCCGCAAAGUACUUGGAUAAUGAAACCAUGUGGUAAAUCACAAGGGGCUGGAAUAUUCCUUAUAAACAAAUUGAGUAAAUUAAAGCGAUGGUCCCGUGAAGCUAGAAAUCCAUUCAACCCCAACCUUACUAAAGAAUCAUACGUUAUUUCCAGGUACAUCGACAAUCCUCUCUUAAUUGGGGGGAAGAAAUUCGAUCUUCGGUUGUAUGUGCUAAUCACUUCAUUCCGACCCCUAAAGGCAUAUCUUUUCAAGCUUGGAUUCUGUCGGUUUUGUACAGUCAAAUACGAUACGAGUAUUCAAGAACUUGACAAUAUGUAUGUGCAUCUGACAAACGUCUCUGUACAAAAACAUGGGGAUGAAUACAAUAGCUUACACGGAGGGAAAAUGAGUGUACAAAACUUGAGAUUAUACUUAGAAAGUACUCGAGGAAAGGCUGUAACAGAGAAACUUUUUGCUAAUAUUUCUUGGUGUAUCGUACACUCUUUGAAAGCCGUUGCUCCGGUAAUGGCAAACGAUCGACACUGCUUUGAGUGCUAUGGCUAUGAUAUUAUCAUUGACAAUAAGCUAAAGCCAUGGUUAAUAGAGGUCAACGCAUCCCCGUCUUUAACUUCGACUACAGUGAACGAUCGGAUUCUAAAAUAUAAAUUGAUAGAUAAUAUUAUAUCAGUAGUUGUCCCUCCUGAUGGUGUACCUGAGUAAGUAAUUUUGCCCAUUAAAUUCAGUAUCAAGUCAAUUGACGUAUCACAGACUAGAUAAUUUUUUAAUAUAUUCACGAUAGCGUCAGAUGGAAUAAGUGUCCGUCACCUGAAGCUAUGGGAAAUUUUGAGUUACUGCUAGAUGAAGAAUUAGCAGCCCAAGACGAGAGGGACAAUCCUACAGCAAAAUUUCGAAUUCAAUCAAACAAAUGGAA